GAGAUUGGAGCACAAAAAGGGGAAAGAGAGAUAGAGAGAAGCCAAGAGUGGUGCUGCAGCAGCGUGAGGAAGAGAAGAACAAGGGAAAGAAAGAUAAGCUAAGCAAAGCAAAGCAAAGCAGCCCCCCUAAGAUCUCUCUGGUAAUUGUGAUAACAGCAAAAGAGGAUCUUUUGUGGACACAAUCAAAUUUCUGGGGUUGAAAGAUAAUCUAUUUUUCUGUGCGAAUUUGGGGUGUAGGUGAUUAUGGUUGUUGAUGAGAGGGUGUAGCUGAUUCGGCGGAAAAAGAGGAUUUUGGUGUGGAAUGGACAGGAUUAGAGAAGCCAGAAGAAGCACUAUGGCUGCAAAUGGAUUAACCAGACGAAGACACAGGACUAACAGUCUUAGAGACUCACCAGAGGAAGAUGGAGGCAUGGAGCUGCAAGAACCAUCCAGGUUGCGAGAUCGAGGAGGGAGUGGGAAAAAGGAUCGAGAUCGUGAAAGGGAGAGGGAAAGGGAGAGAGAUCGAUUGGGUCGGAGCAAGAAGAGAAGAGGAGAUAGGUUGAUGCAUAGCAGCAGAGAAGAUGGCGGAGAAGACACUUCUGAAGAGAGUAUCAACGAUGAGGACGAUGAUGACGACGAAGACGGUGGCGGCGGCGGAGGUAGCGCUUCAGUAAGAAUGCUUCCGUUGAACCCAUCUUCGCUCUCCAACCACCACCAUCGGAAGAGCUUCCCUCCGGCGAAAGUUUUAAGACCAACGCCGCCGACGACGUGGAAGGCCGCCGAUGAAAUGAUCGGAGUAUCCGUCCCCAGAAAAGCUCGCUCAGCCUCUACGAAGAGGUCGCACGAAUGCUGGGCUUCGAGCGGUGGCGGAAUCGUGGCGGAGCAAAAUCACCGACAGCCGUCGACCUCUCCGGUGAGGGCGGCGGCGCCGGCCUCGCCUUCAUCGUCGAACGCCUCUGUUAGGAAGAAGAUAGUGAGUUUCGGAAUCCGGAAGCAGAAUGGAGGAGCCAAGUUUCGACCACCCAAAACAACGACGACGACGACGACGUCCAAGCCCUCGUCUUUAGCGCAGGACGAGAUCGAAAUAGAGAUCGCGGAAGUGUUGUACGGCAUGAUGAGACAACCUCAGGGACCGUCGAAACAAGAUAUCGUCGCAAACGAUUCCAACAAGUUCGAUUCCCGAGAAUCUAAUAAAUCUUCCACCGAUGCCAAGUCACCGAUCUCCAACCCACAAAAUUCAAGCUCUUCCGCCACUCCCAUGUCCGCUGUUGCUCCGAAGAGGAAAAGACCGCGACCGGUGAAGCACGAGGAUGAGAAUCCGGCGAGUUUGAGCGUUCGGAGCAGUCCCAUUUCAUCAACGACAAAGGCUGAGAGCGAUCAGCCUUCAAAGAUGGAGACUUGUUCUUCCAAUUUGGAUAAGAACAACGUGGGGUCUGUCACCGAGAAUCUGGUGAAUUCUCAGACAGUUCAAGUUAUGCCGGAGAGCAACGAGCCUAAGCCGGCGACGGAGGUAGCGGAGAGGCAGAAAGAUGUGGUGGGGUUGUUGAGUGAGGUGGUGGUGUCUCCUCAGUCGCCCAAGAAGGAAUCUCCUGUGCGACAAGUAGCAGAUGAUGACCGUGAAGAUGUGAAAGCGACUAAAGCGAAUCACUCAAUAUCCGAGAGUGAAAAUCAGCGAGAAGAGAAGUUCCAGAUAGAUUUGAUGGCGCCACCUCCUCCCUUGAGGUCUUCCCCGGAAAGGGAUGCGGAGAAUAAUAAUAUGGUGGUUGACGCAGAAAAGGAAGUGAAGCCUAUGACAAAAGAGGACGAGAAAGUGCUGAGAAUGAACAAAGAAGUAGCAAUGGCUAUAGAAAUGGAGAAAGUAAAAGCAAAAGCCGAAGAAAAUGAUUCGCAGAAACCAGGUUUAUUGCAGAAAGAAAGAGGAAUUGACUUACAGCUUGAUUUGGAGAAAGCUGAUAGGGUAGAUACUAGUGGCAAUGUCGGUGGUAUGGUUAACAAGAAGCAGCAGCAACAUCAGAACGCUCAGAGGCAGCCACAGCCACAGCUGCAGCAAACGAACUCAGAGAAAAAUGUCCAAUCCAAUUCUUUGCCUCUACCAUUGUCUGUUCCAAGCUGGCCUGGCGGGCUUCCUCCCAUGGGAUAUAUGACACCUCUGCAAGGAGUUGUAUCGAUGGAUGGGACUCCUGUGACAUCUGCAGCCAUACCGCCUCCCCAUCUUCUUUUUAACCAGCCUCGGCCGAAAAGGUGUGCCACCCACUGCUACAUUGCUCGCAAUAUUUUGUAUCACCAGCAAAUCGCGAGGAUGAAUCCAUUUUGGCCAGCUGCAGCAGGUUCUGCAUCACUAUAUGGAGCCAAGCCCAGCAAUCUUAAUGUUGCACCCUCCACAGAAUUGCAUGGUAAUGUUCCUUGCAGGUCUGCAAACUCUUCCCAGGACAAAGGGCACGGUAUUGCCAUGUUUCCAGGACAUAUUGGGAAGGACAAAGCCUCUCAGCCUGCCAAUGUGGAUAAUUCAUCAAGAAAACAAAUUUUGCUUCAGCAAGCUUUACCCCCAGGAGCAGCACCUAGUAAUAUCUUGCAUGGCCCUGCAUUCAUAUUCCCGCUGAAUCAGCAGCAAGCAGCUGCUGCGGCAUCUGUACGGCCUGGAUCUGUGAAGUCUUUGCCAGUUUCUAGUAAUGGAGCCCCCUCCAGUGUGUCCAAUUCAGCUCCGCCGAAUGCUUGUGGCACGGGUGCUGCUGCGGGGGCAGCUGCACCAACAAUGAGCUUCAGCUAUCCAAAUAUGCCUGGCAAUGAAGCUCCGUACUUGGCCAUUUUGCAGAACAAUGCUUACUCAUUUCCAAUACCAGCACAUGUUGGUGGUCCACCUGGGUACCGUGGAACCCCCCAUGCUCAGGCUUUUCCGUUCUUCAAUGGCUCUUUCUAUUCUUCUCAAAUGCUGCAUCCUUCACAGAUUCAGCAGCAGCAACUUCCUGCUCAGUCACAGCAGCAGAGCCAACAGGGCCAUCAAAAUGCAAGUAUGUCUAGUGGAUCAUCCUCUUCUCAGAAGCAGCAUGCUCAAAACCAACAACAAAAGCCUAAUAAUAAUGCUACUGGGUCCAAUGGGGGUGGAAGCUUGCAAGGCUUUCCUGUCACCAAAAACCCACCAUCACUGCCACUGCAGUUGCAACAGCAACAGCCGCAGCAGAGGCAGAAUCAUCACCCUUCUCAUCCAGCUCGCCAGGUUGAGUCUGAGAUGGGUGGUGAAGACAGUCCAUCUACUGCUGAUAGUCGCCUCGCUCGCGCUACCAUGAAUAUUUAUGGCCAAAAUUUUGCAAUGCCUAUGCAGUCGCCUAACUUUGCUUUGAUGACACCUGCCUCGAUUAGUGCAGCAGGCUCUAACGGAGGUCACGGUGAAAAGAAACAACCCCAGCAGCACCCUGGUCCAAAGGCUGGAGGUGAAACAGCUCCUGCAUUUGCCAUGUCAUUUGCAUCCAUGAAUGGAGCCCCUGGCCUUGACCUCUCAUCUAUUGCACAGAACCCUUCAAUCAUGCCGAGUAAUCAUAACUAUCAUAUAAUGGCAGCAGCACAAGCUGCCAGUGCUCAGUUGAAGAAGAGUUAUCAUGCGGCUGAGGAAGGGAAAAAUGUAGUUAAUUCUUCUAAUCUAGACGAAGAUAGAAAAGCAAUAUCUGCUGGAAAAAUUCCGGCAACAAUGGGACAAUCCAUUGCAUUCGGAAGGCCAGAAGUAUCUGAUCCCUCAUUAGCGUCGUUAUCAGGCGGCAACAAUGUGAUUGAUACCUCGGGUCGUAAUCUAAACCUUGGUUCUGCUUCUUCUCGGGCUUCUACUUCUGUUAUGCCUGCUGUCAUCAGCACUAAUGCAGCCAGUUCUCAGCAACAAAUGCAGCGAAAUCAGCAGCAGCAGCAAAUUCUUCAGCAUCAGAAGCAGAAUCAAUUUGCAGCUGCAGCUGCCGCCGCUGCUCGCAACAAGACCCCAUCAACUAGCAAUGGCAGUGUUUACUCUGAUAACCUCCCCUCUACAUCUUCAAUGGCUAAUAAGUUUCCCAGUGCCGUAUCCGCAUUUCCUCAAAGCCUUGUACAGAGCAGUAACACCGUUGCUCAGUCACCUCAGUGGAAGAACUCUGUAAGGGCAACGACCACUUCACAGUCGCCCCCAUCCAUGGCUUCAACAACACCGCCCUCGUCAGUCAAAAACCUUCCACAGCAGCAGGGUCGUUCCCAGCAACCUCACACCCAAAUAUCUUUCGCGACAAAUCCAAAAUCAUCAGCAGCACAAGUGCAACCUUCAAGUUCGACCCAGUCCCCAUCUCCCCCAGUCAUGGUUGGCUCACCAACGACUUCAUCAAUGUCGAAAAAUACUGGUAGCCCAAGGACAACAUCAGCUUCAACAACCAACAAUAAGAUAAGCCAAAGUUCUUCCUUAUCCUCUCAGCAAGCCAAGAACUCUUCUGCUGUGCCGGCCCGUAAAUCGUCUCCUGUUGGCAGCAGGAAUGUGCCAUCAAUACUCAAUGUUCCUCAGCUAACUCCCUCUUCCAGCACUGGGAGUAAAUCUCAAUUGCCACAGAAGCAGCAGCCGCAGCAGCAAAUACCAAAGCAAGCAUUACAACAGGCCCAGCUUUUGUUCUCUAGUCCUUACGUGCAUCCGCAAUCCAACAGUACCACAUCCACCACCACAGUUCCAAGUGGUUAUUACCUUCAACAUCAACAACGGCGUGGCCCUGAGCAGAUGCAGCGACCGGGCUCUUCCCCGGCCGUAAACAAUGUGAAAGGCAGCAGUGCCUUACCUACACAGGGUCUUUUGCAUCCUGCACAGGUUGCUGCAAUGCAACCCUCUGGGAGCCACCCUCAGUUUGUUCCUACUGGCUUUUCUUAUGCUUCUUAUCAUGUUCAUUCUGUGCCCUCAGUUCAAGUGAAGCCAGCGGAGCAGAAACAACCUGCGGGUGAGUAGAAUGAUAUAAUAUCCUUUAUUUGCUGCACCCCUGUGCUUGCGGUUAUCAAAGAAGAAAGGUAUAUAGCUUGAGUGAAGCAUGUGAAUUGGCAUGGGAUUUUGAAGUGCAAGAUGGGGUCCCUCUCAAAUGGUGGGGUAAAAUGUCAUGUUGUUAUGUUGAUGAUGGAAUGCCGUAUGUGGAAAAAGCAAGCAAGCUGGUCACGGCCAACGAAGAUAGAGAUGAUUUGGAUUCCUCAAUUUUGGAAGAGAAAUCGACCAGACCAUUGAUGUGCCUGAAUUGUGUUUACUAAUUUGUUUGUACCCUUGUGUUUAUAAUCUGACAAAGUUGAUCCUGAAGUCUAAACAAAUUCGAUUGGUUUUUUUAGAAGGAUGUGGUGGGAAAAAAAAGGAUAAAGAAAAGAUGGAGGAAAGGAAGGGAAAGAACCACCUUUUCUUCUUUUGGGGAUGUAAUGGAGUUUACCUACAUGUUCUUUCUCCUCUCAUUUCUUUUCUCUUUUAUUUAUUUUGUCUUCUAGGGCUACUAGAGCGGUAAACAAACAUCUUUUUGACAAAGUCUAUGUGGCUAAUCAUAUAUUAUAGUAACCCUCAAUUUUUACGUGUCUUCUAGGGCUACUAGAGCAGUAAACAAACAUCUUUUUGACAAA